AUGGAGCAAGCAGCAGUCGUGGUUGAGGCUGAAGAAGUUGGAGUCCUUCAAGUUCCAGAUCAAGCUCCCCCAACCAAGGAUGCUGCUCCUACUCUUGUCUUUUGGGCUAUUCCUGUCCCUCAACCCGAGGUCGCUCAUGUUCCUACUAAUGCCAUUCAUGCUGCUCCGGCCGAUGCCACUUCUACUCUGCCCAACGUUGCACAUGCCCCACAGGGAGAAGCCUCCUCUGCUCAUGUCAAUGUUGUGCCCAAUCCUCACAACGCUGACUUUUUCUCUGCUAGCAUUGAUGAGCUCUUCAGCAACAUCGGGGGUGGCAUCGAGG